AUGCGUGUCGUUGGACAGCGGCUCUUCGAAGCAAACAGCGCUGGGUCUGCAAGCAGUGAGCAGUUCACGCUGGCAUUGCAGAGUGGUCGACAGGCUCGGCGUGGCGACGACUGCAGCGGCGGCUCACACUGGCGACUCCGGCUGAUCGCAACACUGCACGAAACCCGCGGAACCGAACAUCUUCGCGCUUUCGCCUGCCAUCCCCCGACUCCUCGUGUGCGACAGCGAAGCGCCGUACCUGCUCCACCCGCCACGACCGCCUCCACCUGGUCGCCUAUUCGAAUCUUCUUGUUCCGCGCCACGUUCCCAGGCAUAGGCGCAUCGCCGGCCCAGUCGCUCCUUGUAUAG